CUCUGGUGGAAGAAUUUUCUCUCUCGGAAGUUUUCCUGCAUCAACAUUUUCUUUAUUGCUUCCUUUUCCUGCUACUUUCUUAACUCCAAGUGCAUUUCAGAGUUCAAACCAAUCUUAAACUUCAAAAAUAAUAUGAAAAAGCAUCUCCUAUAAAACUGCAUCACAUGGUCGUGGCCACCACAGUUUAUGACUGCUCCUCCUGUGAAUCCAGCAAAGACAUACUUUCUCUGUGUAAUUGUUGGUCAUCUGUCAUGUCCUGUGGACUCACAGAAUAUGUGGCUGCUCUCCGUGUCUCGUGAACCAACGGGACUCCAACUGUAUCUAUUGGCAUCUUUAAUACCCACUAAAGAACAAACCUUCAACUAAAUUGUUCACAGAAUGUAGGAGCUUCUCUUUAUCUAAACCUUCCCCUCCUCCGAAUUACCUUCGUCAUUAGACGUUUGGUCGAGGGAUAUCAGACCUACAUUCACUGCUUUCUAGGUUACAGUUGACUGGGUUUUGCAUGAUUGGAAUAAAUGACCUGUUUUUGCAGGUCUAUAUAAGAGGUGUCUCAUUUGAUUUUCUUAUCAUGCACAUCGAAAAAGAGUCCAGGAAAGAUAAGAAAGAAGAAGAGACACACGAGAGCAUACUUUGAGCAGUGAAUAAGGCUACAGGCCGUCACCUUGUCUUUUGAAGCAGAAUCUCUCAGAGAAAAAUCCGUAAGAAUGCCUUGGUUCCUCGUAAUUCUGUUUCUCAGUCUCACAUUUGGUAAUGUCUCAGAGGCCACGAAGCAUCCUUCUGCUGCCGUUGUGGUUGGCACUGUCUACUGUGACACAUGUUUUCAACGGGAUUUCCCCAUGAGCAGCCACUUCAUUUCAGGGGCAUCAGUUGCUGUGGAAUGCAAAGACGGGAAUUCAAAACCAAAAUUCAGGAAAGAAGCAAAGACAGACGAACAAGGGGAGUUUAAAGUGCAGCUUCCUUUCUCAGUGAGCAAACACGUGAAGAGAAUCAAGGGAUGCACUGUGAAACUGGUAAGUAGCAGUGAGCCAUAUUGUGCAGUGGCUUCAGCAGCAACGUCUUCUUCGCUUCGUCUCAAAUCGAGGAAGCAAGGAGAGCACGUAUUCUCUGCUGGGUUUUUCUCUUUCAAGCCUCUUAAACAGCCAAACCUCUGCAACCAGAAACCAAGAAUUGAGAAUUCCAAGCAAGUUGGUUCCUUGAAAACUGCGUUUUCUCCAAACGUAGAUUCAACAUUUCCGCCACCCAUUCAGGACCCACCGACAAGGGAUGGUUUUCUUCCUCCUCUUCCUCAAUUACCAGAGAUUCCUCCUCUGCCACCCCUUCCGAAAAUGCAAUGGCCAUUUCCAGUCCCAGGAAGAAGAGUGAAAAACUCAAUCAAACCUCAGUUUUCAGAUAGGAAAGUAGCUCGACCUGACACGUUCCCCUUGCCGUCUUACCCAAUUCCAUUACCGCCAGGUAUCCCCAACCCCCGCCUUGGUCCUUUUCAGCCACCUCCUCUGAUUCCGAGUCCACCAGGCACACCGCCAUUGAACCCUAAUCCCCCACCAGGACCGGGUCUAACUCCAUCUCCACAGACGGGUCUUCCUCCUUUCCCAUUCUGGCCUCCACCUGGUGCACCCCCCGCUGCUUCUUCAAAGAAUUCUGCUCCUUGAUAAGAUGGAAUCCAUCUAUGGGUAGUCAUGCAAUAAUUCCUUCCGCUAGAGCAUGUUGUUUACUUUUCUUCGCAAAAGCUAGUAGUAACGUGAAGAUGGAUAGAUGCGCACCGCAAGCUAAUCAUCAUUGAAGAGUUGGGAUAUGGACAUUGUCCUAAUAAAUAAAUAAACAUUUGUCGACUCUCUUGAGUGUGGGAAUUUGUCUGUCCAUGCGAUGAUCUUUUCGGGGAAAAAACGUUCUGAUUAGGUUGUGUCAUGAAGACUUGAUGCUAAGAGUAAAACGCGGAUCACAAUAUAUCAGUUUAUUCAUGUAAACCAGAUUAAUGCUAAAUCUGUU